CUGCAAGACCAGCGUCUCGAGUUGCUGAAGGGCUUGGAAUCUAUUGGCGUGAGCCCUGCAGCUGCGUAGGACGUAGAAGCUCUUGCUAUAUCAACCGCGCCAAAGAUGAAGAGAGGCCGUAAAGCGGGCGACGAUGAAACCAAGAGUCGCGACGCCUGGCCCUCCAGUCGGCAGAGGCAGAAAAAACAGGCCAAGCCGGACGACGAGUACUCAUCAUUCGAAGACACGCGCGCAGACCCCCUGAUAUUUGAAAUGACCACGGGCGCCGUACCAAAACCACUACAGCGGAUCUACCUGCAGUUCUUGCACUAUGGCGACGUCGUAUGUAAAUCGUUUUCUAUUCUUACUAGGUCAAAUUUUUUGGAUAAUGGCCAUCUGGCCUGUGCUCCAUUUCUUGUACAGCUGACCUCAUAAUUUAUUGUAGCCCGUAGGUAUCAACUUUCACUCUUGUUGUUGGUCAUCGCUUGAUAUAGUUCUAAAGACUGCACGCGGUGAAGACGCAGUUCGCUGAGGAGAUCCGACAGGAGCGGAGCAAGGCGCUAGCGUUCCCAUUUCAUUCGAUGUCUCUAUUACAUCAUUUUCAUCCAGUCCGACGAUCGGUCCGCAGUCUCCGGCUCUCGCGAUAGAGGAUAUCAAGUGCGGCGAGCCAGAAGGAAACGAGGACGGAAAACAAGCUAACACCGCGAGUCAGAAGAAGGAGGCAACUGUUCCGAAAAGAAGCGACAUUCUCGAGAAAGAUGCUAAAAGUUCACUGUUCGGACCCCCUCGAGGCGUGAGUGAUAAGAAGCCGCUUGCGUCUGCAAGCGUUAUCGAACUCUCAGACUCUUCAGACGAGGAUGCAUAGCUCGAAGAAGAGUGAUCCAGUAUGCUUGUGCGAUAAAUCAAUGAAAGCAAUUUGGUGAUUGUCUACAUCUACUUCGAACUAGUCCGGAGUUGCUUCAAAGCUAUAGGAGCCCGAUGGAUUCAAAGAGUACACUGCAGUUCUACUGUUAGAUAAGCUUGCGAGUGAUUGAUGGAAUGAAACGUCACUACUUCCCCAUCCCUCGUUGUUUCUAGAAAAUGGGACGAACUCCCCUUCCCUAAACCCAGGAAUAAGAUUCCGUUUGAAAUAUUUUCGGACCAGACUUUCAGGAAAGAUUCGAUCAAGG